AUGAGCACAUUUUCUGCAUCCAAAACUGAAGAAUUUCGCCAUGUAUUCGAAUUAUUCGACAAAAAUGGAGAUGGAAGUAUCGAUGCCAACGAGAUCGGACAAGUCAUGCGAUCAUUGGGAAUGAAUCCGACAAAUAAAGAAAUUGCUGAUCUGAUUGCCGAAGUGGAUAAAAAUGGUAAUCAACGAUUAGAUUUUCAAGAAUUUGUCAGUUUCAUGAGUAAACACUGGCAUGAACGUGAUCAGGAACAAGAACUACGCGAAGCUUUUCGACUUUUCGAUCGAGAUAAUUCGGGAUUUAUAACAAUCAAUGAACUAAAACAGGUCAUGUUAAACAUGGGUGAAAAGCUCAAUCAAGAAGAGUUGGAAGAUAUGAUGAGAGAGGCUGAUGUCAAUCGCGAUGGCAAACUUGAUUAUCAAGAAUUCGUGCAAAAACUACUUUCAACAUAA